CGUCAGACAAAUGUCAAACUUCGAUUGCCAAAAAAACAUCAAAAACACAAGCGGCGUUUUACAAAAAGUUUCUAAACGAAUAAAAUUCGAUAAAAUUUCGUGAUAAUCGUUGAAUUUCCUCACCCAAAAUGGUGAAACUAACGCCAGAUUUGAUCAAUCAAUCGAUGCAGUAUAUGAAUCCCUGUCGGGAUCGAGAGCUAGACUUGCGCGGCUACAAAAUACCUCAAAUUGAAAAUAUGGGAGCAACUCUGGAUCAGUUCGAUACCAUCGACUUUUCCGAUAACGACAUCCGCAAGCUGGACGGCUUUCCCCAUCUUCCGCGGCUCAAGUGUCUUCUUUUGAACAACAACCGGAUAGUGAGGGUCAGCGAUACUCUGCAUGAAUCCUUACCAAAUCUGGAAAGUGUGGUACUUACGGGGAACAACGUCCAAGAGUUGGGAGACUUGGAACCACUCACGAAACUGCCAAAGCUACAAUCCCUCUCACUGCUAACGAAUCCCGUUUCGACCAAGCAGUACUACCGGGAGUACGUGGCCUUUCGGUUUCCCAAUUUACGGCUGCUGGACUUCAGAAAGAUCAAACUAAAGGAACGGGAAGCGGCCAAGGAGCUGUUCAAGAGCAAAAAAGGCAAAGAGCUGCAGCGGGAGAUCAUGCGUAAAGCAAAACUGGCCAUGCCGGCAGCAGAUAAACCAACGGUUCACAACGCGACUCCGGCCGACAUUCAGAAGAUCAAGGAAGCCAUCAAACGGGCCACGAAUCUGCACGAGGUGGAAAGGCUCACCAGGAUGCUGCAGUCCGGGCAGAUAACGGGCGAAUUCAACUUCAAUGGUAAAUUGCAACCGUUUGUUCGGCUAAAUUUGGUUUCCGUUUCGUUUCAGACUUCGGAGUGGAUUGGUUUGCGGCAAAAGGUUCCAACAAAACGGUUGAUUUCCUAUUCCUUGUGACCAAAUCGUACUGACGCUCGGUUUUCUUGCAGAUUGAUCUCUGGUGGACCUACGCGGGCCGAUAGCUAUUAUGCGAAUCCCCUUCCCUUGAUACGUCCUGGCUUCCUCAAAAUUUACUAAUGAAUUGCAUUUUGCUUUGCUUAUUCUUGCAGGUAAUAUGGAAACAGAUUGAAAGUGAUGGUCGUCGGUCGGGAAAGCGAAUUUAUGUUUCCUAAUUUUUAUUAUAAAUAUAAGAACAGAUACAAAUACACGUAGGAUUUGUCAGCUUUGCUGAGGCCGAGGAGGUUGAAAUAAAUGAAAAAUGCAUUUCAAUUAGAUUAA